AAAUUAUUUUUUGUUAUAUAUAUAGAUACUUAAUUAAAAAUGGAUAGGACAUUUACUUUAUUUUUUGUUUGCAUUGUACUGUGCUUUAAUAAUUCCCAUGCUGGCAAUCUUGGCGAAAGAACAUGUGACCCUAGUGAUCAUUGCAGCUGCAAAUGGUCUGAUACGGGAAAGAUUGUGUCAUUAUGGGGUAUUGAUGGUCAUAAUUCUAUCAAGUUUAAAGACAAAGGUUUUCAAGGUAGUGAUUAUCAAUUGGAUUACAAUCCAUGUACACCGUUUACAGAAGAAAAACAGGGAGCACAAGAAAAAGGAUGUAUAGAUUGCUUGUCAUGUCAACACAACACAGACAAAUCAUUGUACUACUCUGCUGGAACAGCAAAAGGAUUUUCAACAAAAUUUGAUGGUAGCAACUUGAAUUUUCUAUACGCAGGGGACCCUACUCCUGAUAAGUACAUCAGGUAUACAAAGGUUAAGUUAAUAUGUGACCCAAAGGCUUCAGAACCACAAAUGUCUCAACCAAUAGAAACAAAAGAACCUGAUCAAAGUUCGUCCACUUUUUCCUUUACUUUAACAAGUGAAUGUGCUUGUGACGGAGCUUGCAAGCAAAGCAGUAAAAACCCCGGAAAUGUUAGUGUUGGCACUAUAUUGGUGAUUUUAUUCUUUGUACUCUUAUUUGUUUACUUUGUCGGUGGAUUUUUAUUUCUUAAAUUUUACAAACAUAACGAAGGUACAGAAACCAUACCACAAUAUGAAUUUUGGAAAGACCUUCCUGCUAAAAUAAAGGAUGGUUUUAUCUUUACAAAGGAUAAAAUCAAAGGGAAUAAAGGUGAAUAUGAAGCGAUUUAGCCGGUACGAUUUAGUUCACGUAAUAUACACGUCUUCUUUACAGAAUCGUAAUAACUGAACUUGUAGAUUAUAAUUUGUGUUCUCAAUAUUUUUAUGACUUAUAAAGUGAGCCAUUUUGCUCAUUGUACGUCAUUUGUGGAUAAAAUAAAAAUGGAAUUUUACGCUUAUUAGUCGAAAUUUAAUGACAAUCUCUUACUUGCAUCAGUUACUGUAAUGGUCAUAUUUUUAAAUCUCUUUUUGAUAAUUUAUUAAGGUAAAAUAUUUUUUUUAUAUAUGUUUUCUGCUAGGAAAAUUUCAAUGCUAACGUAUUAAUAGCAGUAGUAGUAUACCUACUACAGAAUAGAUAGUAUAGCAGAGAUAGUAUAGCUAAUACAACAGACAUUGCCGAUUUACAGCCUGUUCUUUAAAUAGUGUUUUAAACGUAUAUAUUUAAACGGAAGAAGCUGUUGCGAAUCAAAAAAAUAACGGUUGUAACUUUCGCGAAUAGCUCUCUUUAAAAAUUUUCGCGGGCAAGAACAUUUCCAGUCAUUUUAAUGACUAGUAUGGGUUAUUAUAUGUUCUACUAUAGCAUGCUAUCAGUGAUAAAAUACUCGUGUUUUCCCGAUUUUUUGGCCUAUUUUUCUCUUUUGCCGAUUUUUCACUUCGGUAUCUUUGAAACUAUAGCGGUAGUGAAAAGAACACGAAAAACAGCAUUGUAUUUGUCUCUGCGAUUCUUCCUAAAUAACAUUUUAAGUGAGCGUAAUAGAAGAAGAUGAGAGCCGAGGAGAAGAACGAAACAAAAGUUAGGACCGAAGUAGAAAAAAUGUUGAAAUGAAAAAAAGAGAAAAAAUAAUCAUUAAAAUUGACUAAUAUAUGAAUUUUUACUGUCCUCUAAAAAAAAGCUUGAAAAUUAAAAUUAAUUAAGCCUUUUCGCGCGGUCUAACUUUCUUCGUUGUUUUGGCCAAUUUUUCGUGUGAAAGUUUCGUACAUUAAAGCGAAAUGUAAUAGGUUGUCAUAUGCAAUGUAAGUAUAUAUAUUAUCUGCAGGAAAUUCUGAUGUUUGUAAUUUUUUUUUACAUUUUCAUAAUAUUUUGAUAACUCACUAAAGUGGAAAAAAAUAAAAAUGGAAUCUUUUUUCUCCCUACA